GUUCUCUUCUCCGGAUGGCCCGGGACAAGCUCCGGUAUGUAUGCUCUUUGUCUCAUCGUCGUUUUCUUCCUCGCCGUAAUCGCCGAGUGGCUCGCCCAUUCUCGAAUCCUCCGUGGUGGUGACGCCACCAGCCGCGUUGCCGGUAUCGCUCAAACCGGCGUGUACACUCUCAAGACUGGCCUCUCCUAUAUCGUGAUGCUCGCUGUGAUGUCCUUUAAUGGCGGCGUUUUUAUUGUUGCUAUCGCCGGUUAUGCCGUGGGUUUCUUGCUCUUCGGAAGCACUGCUUUCAAAAAGCCCUCUCAUGACCAGAAAACCACUCUCCCGCCGUCCUCAGGCUGCGUUUGCUGA